CAACUGCCGGUUCUCGGCAGUACUUUCCUCACGAUCUGACAGCGUGCGGAAAGUGCAGCCGAGAACCGGCACUUGCAUUUCCCUGUGAUCAGCACUGAUCAUCAGGGCACUAAUGAUCAGUGUGCCCUGAUGAUCAGUGUAGCCCCAGCAGUGCCACCUGUCAGUGUCCAUCAGUGCCUUAUGUCAGUGCCUCGUGCCAGUGCCCAUCAGUGCCACAUAUCAGUGCACACCAGUGCACAUCAAUGCCACAUAUCAGUGCCCAUCUGAGCUGCCUUUCAGUGUCACCCAUCAGUGCCAGUCAGUGCCACCUAUCAGUGCUGCCAAUCAGUGCCACCUAUCAGUGCC